CCACAGGCUAUUAUAGGAAGGAAGAAGAUAAGCUGGGCCAUAUAUAAAAACCCACCCCACAUCACACCUCGACUGGGAGUCCACGUACGAUCAUUCAGACAUGGCAAGUAAGAAGGCCUCCAAUAAGAGACAGAGGGGAGCACAGAAGUCUUGCUCCAAUGUCUUCUCCAUGUUUGAGCAGUCCCAGAUUCAGGAGUUCAAGGAGGCUUUUGGCUGCAUUGACCAAGACCGAGAUGGUGUUAUCAAAAAGCAGGACCUGAGGGAGACCUAUGGACAGCUGGGGAAACUUAAUGUCAACGAUGAGGAGCUGGAUGCGAUGUUGAAUGAGGGGAAGGGUCCCAUCAACUUCACUGUGUUUCUGACUCUUUUUGGGGAGAAACUCAACGGCACCGAUCCUGAAGACACCAUACUUGCUGCCUUCAAACUUUUUGACCCCAAUGGGACCGGCUUUGUUAAUAAGGAUGAGUUUAAACGGUUACUGAUGAACCAGGCUGAUAAAUUCACAGCAGAGGAGGUGGAUCAGGCCUUCGCUCUCGCUCCCAUUGACCCAACUGGCAACAUUGACUACAAGUCCCUCUGCUACACCAUCACACAUGGAGAUGAGAAGGAAGAAUCCUAACCAGGACUGUAGUCAGGUCGUACAGGUCAUCUAAACAUUCAGAUAACUGUUUGUACACUGGCUGGUUAUCAUUCAGAAACAUUAAUUAUUGAUGGAAUAAUAUUGAAAUAUCUGAUUCACUCAACCUCAACUAACGGUUAUAAAUGCUGCAGUUCUGUCGGUAUAAACAUUGCCUAAUUUGUUUGUAUGCUGUUGAGAAUAAAGUGUUCCUCAAAAGCUUC